CUCAAAGGUCUUGUUUAAACAUUUUAUAUUAAGAAUCCCUCAUUGACCUACAUGCAACCAACAAGGGCUGAAGCUAGGUUGUAAUCCUAACAGGGAUAAUUGAUAAAACCUCAACACUAUAAGUGAAAAUUGAGGUAAAACGUGUGUAUAAUUUACAUAUGAAAUAUAUUCGGCUCAUUGAUGCAGUUACAGGACCAUUGGCGGCACUUUCUUCCUGAAAGAACUCCUAGUGUGAAAUUUCAACAUGGCAGCUAAUAUUAGCUAUGUUUUGGUUUUGUGUUUGUGGAAGAGAGUUAAUAUAGUCAGUUUAAGUGUAAUAUAGUCAGUUAUAAGUGUAAUAUAGUCAGUCAGUUUUGCUUUGUUUUUCAAAUAAGUCUUUCAUGGAAGAAGAAUGCGCGUCGUAAGAAUAAACCACAAGAGGAGCCUUGUAUUGUUUAUUGUCGUGGUAUUGGCUAUUUUAUUUAUACUACUAUCAAAGCAUUCCUCUCCCGAACGACACGGCUUUAGUGUUUUAGAUGAAGGUGAUGUUGACGAAAACAUUCACUCCUUUGCUACUAAGGCAGUUGAUUUUGUAAAAAUAGCAAAAAGUAGGGAUCUAGUUAUGACCAAAACGAAAAAUUCUAAGCCUUAUGUCCGAGCCAAAACGUUCAAGUCGAAAAGCACCUAUGUAGAUCAGCUGCAGAAUGGUGAUCUGAAGAAGACACUAGACUAUGGUAAAAGAAAAGCAAAGAUAGUGUCAAACCACUUAAGCUAUGUCAUAGGAAUAGUGGUUAUAUCAUGCAAUAGACCAUUGGCCAUACAACGAUCACUAAAUGGCAUGUUAAAGUACAGGCCGUCUUCAAAACAAUUUCCGAUUGUUGUAAGUCAAGAUUGUGGUGAUGAGAAGACAGCUCGAGCUAUUUCCAAGUUUGGCAAUACGGUUCGGCAUAUACGUCAACCUGAUAUGUCUGAACCAGAUGUUCCAGCUAACAUGAGGCAGUUUGCAGGCUAUUACAAAAUUGCUCGACACUUUAAAUGGGCUCUUACACAGAUGUUUGAAAAAAUGGGUUAUAAUACUGUACUUAUUGUGGAGGAUGAUCUGGACAUAGCUCCAGACUUCUUUGACUAUUUCUUGGCCACAAGGCAUUUGCUUGAUGAAGAUCCUACCAUAUGGUGUGUAUCAGCAUGGAAUGACAAUGGAAAAUCUGAGCUUAUUGAGCCAAAUGAAAAUGGCAAGUUGUAUAGGUCUGACUUUUUUCCUGGACUUGGAUGGAUGAUUACUAAAAAGCUGUGGAAUGAACUUGGACCAAAAUGGCCUGCUGGAUUUUGGGAUGACUGGAUGAGGGAAUCAGCUCAGCGGAAGAAUCGUGUAUGCAUUCGACCGGAAAUAUCCCGAACUAAAACAUUUGGACGUAUAGGUGUCAGCCAAGGCCAGUUUUAUGAUCAACAUUUGAAAUUCAUUGUUCUAAAUGAUAGGAAAUUUGAUUUCCUUAAUUCAGAUUUAUCAUAUCUUCUUCAAGAAAGUUAUGAUAGGAAAUUUUUAAAGGAAGUGGAAGCAUUACCUGUAUUUUCCAUUGAAGACAUUAUUGCUGAGAGGACUAAAAGUUUUAAAGCUGUGAAAGUGGUCUAUUUAAGCGAAUCUCAUUUCAAUAGGAUUGGAUCAAUGCUUGGCAUUAUGUUAGAUUUCAAAGCUGGUGUACCAAGAGCUGCCUAUCACGGCAUUGUGACUGUUAUGCAUAAAGGAAUAAGAAUUUAUGUUGCACCUAAUAAUUAAAGCAAAUGUUGCCUUCUGAGUGAGUAAGUGUCCACUCAUGUUGGCUAGUUCGUUAAGUUGGUUUGUAUAGAAGUCAUUAAUUUUAAUGAUUUAUCAAUGAAGUUUAAAUGUUGUUUUUAGAAGACAAACAUAUCUAUUUAGAAACAAUAGAACUUUGAUCUUUGUAUAUGGUAAAUUAUCAAUGGCCCGUAUUUGCUCAUGCUACAAUUACAUACACUAGUACCAGUUGACAAUAAUUAUAUUUUUUAUAAACGAUUUCAAAUACAAGUUUAGUACGAAUAGCAUGUCAUAA